AUUCACCCAGGAAGCGACACCGGCAUUCCAUCUGAAAGAAAAAAGACGAUAAAUGACAUUCUUUUGAAGAAAUGUCCGUUUAAAUGUCCUCAGAUUGAUUCAUUAUUCAUAUAAAUAGGCUUCGUUUGAUCGAAUGUUCAGUAAAUAUUGGCUGGGAAGUAAUGGAUGACGAAAUCAGCUCGAGCAUCGAUUAUGCAAAUGAGUAGCACCAUGUCCUCCAGUAAUCUGCCACCCCUGCGAAAUCUGCCCAGCUGGACCAGGGUUCGAGAUCUGGACCGUGUCAGAUACCCCAGACUGCUGUCCAGUGACUGUAUGGUCAGAUCUCCAGCUGUGGGCUUCACGAGCCAGAAGUCAGCUGCUGAGCCCAGGACACAUGCACCCAGCACGAGCAUCACCUCCCUGGAGAAGGAUGUUCUGUUCCUCCAACAACAGCAUAAAGACACGCUGGAGAGACUGCACGCAGAGAUUGAAGAUCUGAAGCGUGUUAAUAAAGAAUUACAGUAUAAGCUGAUUAUGGAACAUGAAAAUUCUCCAAAAGAGUGCAUAUGGUCCAACAGUAAUUCCUCCAAAUCCAGCAGUGAUGGUUCAGUGGAGAAGAAUUCCCAGUGUGGAUUCAUCAGCUCGGAGGAGGCAUGUGAGGCGGCAGGAGGAGGCGCAGUCACGUCUCUGCUGCCUCUCAGGAUCACCUGCAGCCCGUCCCAGCAGCCCCACACCCCGACGCUGAAAGAGUGUGAGCUCCUCAUCCGCCAGCUCCAUCACACCAACACCGCGCAGAAUCAGGAGCUGCUGCGGAUCAAGACGGUCCUCAGAGAAAUCACCUCCAAGAACAGAUCAGCUGCUGAAGCUUUCUCUCUCGCAAGAGCCUCGCUCUGUGACAACAGCAGGGGUGAGGUUUUCGAGCAUCUUCCAAAACUACCUCUCAAACCACUCCCAAAGAAACAGAUUCUGGAUCGGUCGGGUAAAGGAGAACCUGUGCUUCUCCCAGCCAUCAAGCACAGUCUCAGCAGCAGCAUGUCCGAGCGGCAGAGGAGAGCGCAGGACGUGCACAGACUGCGUCUCAGGAGAGCGCUGAACUCUUAACCCUCCUCUGCAGUGCUUCUGUCAUUGGGUCUUAUUGUUUACUGAUUAGAAGAGACGCGAGGAAUGAGUGAAUGGCUGUUGAUCACGUUUGAUUCCCUAAUGAACUAAAUAAGACUCUUUCCAGAGAAGCAGCCAAAUGUCAAAGACGAGACGAGAGCUAAGCUGGCCGUCCUUCAACAGGAAGAUCUCUAGAGACAGACACAAUAUAUACAAUCAAAUCUUAUAAAACCUGGUUUUGAUGAGAUACACUAAAAUGUGCGUUUCCCUUGAGGUUUCAGAAAGCUGAUUUGAGCUUGACAAUGCGGUCUAAAUUCUAAUUUAACUCUCUUUAAAUAAAUGCAACAGCAACAUUUUAUUUUGUGUUAUUAUUUCUGUAGAGCUCUUGUUUCUGUUGUGAGUCCUGGACUCAUGCAGGGACCUGUAAGUGUUCAUUUCUUCACUAAGGCCGAGUAUGUUUCCUCUGUAGUGCACUAGUGUAAUAUGGCCAUUGAGAAGGUCUUAUAGUGUCCUGUAGGAUCUCUAACUGAUGAGUUCCAGCAACUGGAUCCAUGCCCAGGCCUUCAGCAGACACCACAUAGUAUUACUGUGUUUAAGAGCCUUAUUAAGUAAUGGGUUUUACAGGGCACUAUCUCAUUCAGUUCAAUUCAAUCAGAUGCUCAAGAUGCCUCAAACAACACGUUUCUCUAAUUCACUUUACACAAGAAAACAUUUCAGUAACACAUUGCUUGUAAAGUUUGAAUUGUUUAUUUGAUAAAUAAAUCA